ACAGAUUGCAGUCAGCACUACUAGCAGUAGUGCAAGAAACUGUAGUAGUAGUCUACUGCAGCUUCUUGCACGGCAGAGUAUGAGCACUGACCACCAUAACAAACAUUUUGUAGAAUGACUUCAUGAAAAUCUACUUUGCUUGUCAACAUGGGCCACUUCAACUUCGAGCAAGAAUGAUUGUCACGAGUCGAUGCUUCGUCUAUCCCACUGAACGAUGGGAGAACUCCCCCUGCCGCUGCUCCAAACUGCUCGCGUAGUGGCUCGCUGUUGCCUCCGUGAAGGCGGCGCUGAGCUUCCCCAUGUAACGCGCAGUCUCGACGCUUUACUGGACAAUUUCUCUGCCGACUGGACCAUCGUCACGGCCUACAAACGCACCGAAAGUCGUCGCUGUGUCCAAUACGUCGCGGCUCGUGAGAGGCUGGAGACUCAGGAUCCGUUCUACAAGCGAUGGCUGCUCAACCAAACGUCAGCGCUCGCUGCCAGUCGCAGAGACUUACCAACACUCCAGUGGCUGAUGGAGAGCUACUUGCCAUCGGAGCCAGUGGAGAACGUGGCAGUCUUAGCAGCUGCCAACGGCCACCUCGAGAUAUUGCAGUGGCUCUAUGAUUCUCAACGAGAACGAGUUCGCUUUGGAGACGUCGAGAUGUGUGGCGCGCUGGAAAACAAGCACGAAACUGUUGUUGCAUGGCUUCGAGAACAUGCAGUGCCACGAACAGAGUGUAGGGAAGAGGUGUUGCGGUCUGCUGUGAAGGCCGGGAACUUGGUCAUCGUGAAGUGGCUGUGCGAUGAGUUUGCAUUGGAUGCAACUGGCAUGUUGAAAUUUGCCAUCAAUGGUUGCCAUGAGGAAAUUGCAUGCUGGGUUAUCGAACGAUAUGAUGUGUUCGGGGUAAAACUAGAUUUGUAUUUCCCUGCAAAACAUGGCAAAUUGCCAUUUCUGACGUAUUUGGCUUUGCGGGAUAUGGCAACUGUUGAUGUUGGCACUCUUCUGGUUGCUGCUGCAAAUGGACACCUCGACGUCAUCCAGUGGCUGUACUGUGAAGAGGGCGUGGUGCUUACCGUCGAUGCGAUGAGAGAGGCAGCCCAGAACGGGUAUCUGGGUGUUGUACAAUGGCUCUUUAAUACAAGCAACAGCUUGUGCGAUUCCUCAGUGUUCGUCGGUGCCGCAGAAAAUGGUCAACUUGACGUACUUCAGUGGCUUCAGCCCCGAUGGUCUGGCAAUUGCGGUACUGUAGCGAUGGACUGGGCUGCUCGAGGUGGGCAUCUUGACGUAGUUAAAUGGUUGCACGAGCAUCGUAAGGAAGGGUGCUCUGAGAAGGCCAUGGAUGAGGCUGCAGCAAAUGGGCAUUUCGACGUUGUAAAGUGGCUGCACGAGCACCGAAGCGAAGGUUGCACGACUGUCGCGAUGGAUGGUGCAGCCGGUGCAGGUCAUUUUGAAGUUGUCAAGUGGUUGCAUGAAAACCGAAGCGAAGGUUGCUCGACGGUAGCAAUGAACAAUGCGGCCUGCAAUGGCUACUUCGACAUUGUUCGGUGGUUGCACUCUAACCGUAGUGAAGGCUGUACAUCUUCUGCAAUGGAUUGGGCGGCUCGAAAUGGCCAUCUCGAUAUCGUAAAAUGGCUGGGGGAGAACAGAUCGGAAGGCUGCACCGCAGCAGCUAUGAACAAAGCUGCACAAUACGGACAUCUGAAAGUCGUCAAGUGGCUACAUUCCCAUCGCAGUGAAGGUUGCACUACCUACGCGAUGGACAAGGCUGCUGCAGCCGGUCAUUUGGACGUUGUGAAGUGGCUCCACACUCACCGCAGUGAAGGUUGUACGAGAGUUGCAAUGAAACACGCGAUUGUCAACUCACGUUUCGACGUGGUGCUUUUCCUGCACCUGUAUCGCAAUGAGAGGUUCCAACUACCGACUAACACGACCAUACAUCUCCCGCUCGAGUUGCAGCAGUGGCUAGUCGCGAACUACGCUGAUGACGUCAGUGAAUGCCACUUCGAGGUGCCCAAACUCGACUGGCGCUGCUCGAACGACUUACUUGGACGCAAUGAACACGCACCACCAGCACUACAUGUGUCGUAUUGUAACCUCACGUGGUAGGAAUGACAUUGAGGAAGAGUAUCCAGCGAAAUGUUGCCAAUUCCUUGCUAUCCAGACUGGCUAAGUUGCAUUUUUUUCGACUGCCCCACUGAUCGAAGGAUACAAGUCGAGUUUUCGGUGCUCACCAGCGUCUGUGUUGUCAUCGACUUGGUGAUCCAGAGCUUCUUACCAGGCGAUGAUCUGCCGCAUGUGGUAAAUCACCUGAGCGGCUCUCUAGACUCCUCUGUCGACUGCACCGCUGUUGAUGUCUACGAAAGGACGGGUAGUGCGGUUGAUGCAAUGCGUCGCUGGACAUCAAGAUCCCGACGCAAUUGACGCGUUUUACUGUCGUUGGCUAUUCAGUGCUACCUCCGAGAUGACGGUGAGUAAAGAAGAUCUGGAAUCGCUCAGGUGGUUGUUACCCGAAAUGGAAACUUCCUACCAGAUGAACAUUCGAUCAAAACGGUGGCUGCAAAUGGACAGUUAAGCACAAUCGUAUAACACGGAGAUGUGUGGAGCACUGGUGAAUCACAAUAUUAAAGUGAUCGAGUGGCUUCAGAUCCAUGAGGUACCGAGAGCGCGUGCAAUGCCAAAAGUGGUAAAGUUGCUCCUCAAUGAGCACAACGCUUUACUCUUCAAUGCCUUAUUCGAAGCAGCGUUCCACCGCCAGACAUGGAUCGACCCCAGGAUCGCUGCGCAAUUGGUAUAAGCCAGCACAGGACGAAGUACCGGAGCUUGUCAAGUUCCUUCAUUUCCAUUCAAUUGGAUACGUGGGCGACUUAACGUUUCCGUCAGCGGCGGAGAAUGGUCACUUAAAGGUCGUAAAAUGGCUGCAUGCCGAGCUUGAUGCGAAGUUGACAUCAAAUGCAAUGGGGAAUGCAGCCCAGUAUGGUCAUCAGUAUGUGGUGAGGUGGCUUCGCAAACUGUGAGGGCCGUGACUAUGCCAGAUUAAUUUUGAAUGGCGACAACUCAACGGGUAGUGUAGCGAUUGCUUCUGCCCGCAAUGGUCAUCUUCAUGUCGUUAGGUGGUGGAUACACGAGCAUCAAACAUACCUAGCGUGUAGUGGCAUUCUAAUAGAUGACGCAGCAAAGUCGGAAGACCUGAUAUCGUACAGUUCUUACGUAAAAUCUACACGUCAAAUGCAAGAAUUGUGAUGGAC